GCCCCGCCCCCGCCGGUGGGGUGCGCGAGCGCGCAGCGGCUGCCGGCCCAGAGGGCGGUUGGCGCGGUGAGGCGAGGCGGCGAGGAGGCGCGGAGCCGGCGGUGAUCGGGUGUUCUCUUCAGCCGCUUCCCUGCAGCUGCAGCCGCUGCUUCCCCGUCUGUCGCUCCCCACACCGGCCCGCCGGAGCCCGUAGGGGCUGCGGGGAGCGCUGCCGAGGUUCUUUGCCUUUCCUCUCGCCCGACCGGAGCUAUCGUCGUUCGCGCGGCCGUGAGGAGACGGUGGACGGAGGCUGAGGCUGCCCUUUUCCUUUCCCCCUUACUCUGGGCCUCCCCGGGGGAUUUGCUGCUGCUGGCGUGGAGUGCCUCUUUCUCCGGCUUCCUUCCUACCGAGGUUCGCCCGAAUUUGAUGUUUUUUCAGUCCGGAGGAAUCCAGAUAGCUGGUAGUGUUGAAAAAUGUUGUCCUGUCUGCACUAGCAGCUAACUGAUCUGAACCCAUUGUUGACAGCCACCAUCAUCAACAGGUCAUUUUCCCUCUGCAAGUGUGGCUUUUGAUUAUGUAUCGUAAAUCCAAGUGGAAGUGCGGUUACAAUCUCGCGGUUCUUGGACACGGAAAUAAUGAACAAAGUGUGCCACAACUCUUGAUCAGAGACCUGAAAUUUGAGAAGAAGUCAUUAGCUAAGCUCAUGUUUUCUCCUGAUCAAGAAAAUCAUCCAUCAAAAGCACCAGUGAAAUAUGGUGAAUUGAUCGUAUUAGGGUACAAUGGGUCUCUCCCAAAUGGAGAUAGAGGAAGAAGAAAAAGUAGGUUUGCUUUGUUUAAAAGGCCCAAGGCAAAUGGGGUGAAACCUAGCACUGUGCAUAUUGCCUGCACCCCUCAAGCAGCAAAGGCAAUAAGUAAUAAGGACCAACACAGCAUAUCUUACACUUUGUCUCGGGCCCAGACAGUAGUAGUUGAAUAUACACAUGACAGCAACACAGAUAUGUUCCAGAUUGGUCGCUCAACGGAAAGCCCUAUAGACUUUGUAGUGACAGAUACGGUUCCUGGGAGUCAGAGUAACUCAGAUACGCAGUCUGUGCAGAGCACUAUAUCAAGGUUUGCCUGCAGAAUCAUCUGUGAACGUAACCCUCCUUUUACAGCAAGGAUAUAUGCUGCAGGAUUUGACUCCUCAAAAAACAUCUUUCUUGGGGAGAAAGCUGCGAAGUGGAAGACAUCAGAUGGGCAAAUGGAUGGACUAACCACAAAUGGAGUUCUUGUUAUGCAUCCUCGUAAUGGAUUUACAGAAGACUCCAAGCCAGGGGUAUGGAGAGAGAUAUCUGUGUGUGGGAAUGUGUUCAGCCUCCGUGAAACCAGAUCAGCUCAGCAGAGGGGAAAAAUGGUUGAGAAUGAAACGAACCAGCUCCAGGAUGGCUCUCUGAUUGACCUGUGUGGAGCAACACUGCUGUGGCGCACUGCAGAAGGGCUUUCACGCACUCCUACUGUCAAGCACCUGGAGGCCCUAAGACAGGAAAUAAAUGCAGCCAGGCCCCAGUGUCCUGUGGGGUUUAACACCUUGGCUUUUCCCAGCAUGAAGAGAAAAGAUGUAGUAGAUGAAAAGCAGCCGUGGGUGUACCUGAACUGUGGCCACGUCCACGGCUAUCACAACUGGGGAAACAAAGAGGAGAGAGAUGGCAAGGAUCGUGAGUGCCCCAUGUGCCGCUCAGUGGGCCCCUACGUGCCUCUGUGGCUUGGAUGUGAGGCGGGUUUUUAUGUGGAUGCAGGACCUCCAACUCAUGCGUUCAGCCCGUGUGGACACGUGUGCUCAGAAAAGACAACUGCAUAUUGGUCCCAAAUUCCUCUUCCUCACGGUACUCACACUUUUCACGCAGCCUGUCCAUUCUGUGCACAUCAGCUGGCUGGUGAGCAAGGCUACAUCAGACUCAUUUUCCAAGGACCUCUUGACUAACACACGUGUUUCCAAGGACUGCAGUAAACUUGAUAAGCUAAGAGAUCCCGAUUUUUAAACCAACUGUUUUUCAUAUUCUCUGGGCUUUGCUGGUUUGCAUUAAGAUGAAGAAUUUGGGGUUGUUUUGUUUUGUUUUUUUUUUGUUACAGUGGCUAAAUCCCUCUCUAUUGAGAAAAGUCUGGAAAUGGAAGAAAUGGGGGGGGGGAGAAGAAGAGGGAAAUCUUCUUUUUUGAGUUAAUAACUACUUCUGAAGAGGUCAAAGGAGUGUUGUAGAGUGAACUUCAAUGCCUUCCGUUUAAUGAUUUUGAAUCACAUGCCCACAGUAUUUGAAAGUUGUUUCAUUCUUUUUGUAUAUGGAGGGUAAAUAGUUCAAAGAACAUUAGUUUACAGCUUGGAUGCAAACGUUGUAAAAUAUAACGUGUAUAUUAACUCUUUUCUAUUUAUCUUUAUUACUGCAAAUACGUAGAAUGUUUAGAGAGUAGCAUGGCCAUAGUGUGUUACAUCCGGCAAUUGGAUGUGUAGUGUAGAUCUGGAUGGAGAAGAACAUGAGAUGGAAAUGGUAGAAAAAUCUUUUAAUCUAAAAUACUGAGUUCUUAGAGUAGUUAAAAUGCUUUUUAAACAAAGCUAAUGCAAAUGAUGAUGGCAAAAAGGUGUGCUUUAACCACGUUGAAAGGUAGUUAAGGAGGACUUCUUGAAAUGUCUUUUUGGUAGGUAGGGCUGUACUUAAGAUCUGGUUAGGAGGAGAAGUAUUUAUCAGACUCUUUGAAUAUGCAACUUAGUCUAGAUUAAGGAUUUUUUUUCUCCCUUCAUGCUAACACAUCUCUUUAUUUAGCAUUAGUGACGUUCGUGAGGGGUUUUCCAAUGUUAAACGUGAACAAACCUGAAAGAUGAAGCUCAUUUUGUUCCUUGCUGUUUGGGGCAGGGGGUGAAGGGAGAGGUGGAUGCACAUGUGCAUGCGUAGGGGGAUCAGGGAGCAAUUUGUCAAUCAGCCACAGUCCUAGCUUGUGACAGGCUUGUCAGUUGGAUACGGGAGCCACGGGCUUCAUGUGCUUGCCUUUACCUUGUUGUGAGGUGCAAAUACUCAUCUCGGCCACACAUGGAACAAAGUUGAAGCCUGGUACCCAAGGGAUGCGUGCCUGCAUCCUUGCGCAUCUUGUCUCAGUUGGCAGUCUGUUAGGGGAGAGCUUGAGCUGGGACUGGACUGGACUCACAGACCUCAGUGUGUGAUGCUUUGGUAAGGUCCACUCACACUGCAGUGGGCUCUAGUAUCUCUCUGCUCUCCCUACCCAUCCUUUCCCUCUUUAUCCACCAGAGACGGCCAGUGCACUACAUCCAGCUUUGCUGCUAACCGACCGUGCUUCAUGGCAAAUACACAACCUGACCUUUCUAGGAUUGAGUUGAGCUUUUUUUAUGGCCAGCUUCACACUUUGUUCUUUUCUCAACAUACGUACUGUAUAAUUGGAAGUAGCAAAUUUCUGUACUUUAUAACGUAGCUUUAAGUUUUCCUUUCGAAGCUGUUCUAAAGUUUUCUUGGUUUAAAGAGAGACCUAUGUUGCUUAGAUGUCAGGAAUUAUUUACUUUGACUGUCAAUUGUUUCUCCAUUUCUAAAAGGAAAUUAUAUAUAUUGUUUGGUUCACUCAGGAAAUGCAUGUGUCAGGAAACCUGUAUUAUAAGUUCAGUUAGCUGUCAUGUACAAGUAACUGCUGUUACUCCCUGUCCACAGAAAUAUAACUGAUUUUGACAUUUUUCCAGAUUAUAUGCAUUAAGUAAUGAAACUUAUGCAGCAAGAAAUCCCUGUAUUGUAGUUGUUCUAAUCAUUUUAUUCAAACUAUAGUAUACUGUAGUUUAAUUUUUAUUUGCAAAUUAAUUUAUUCAAACUACGUGAGUAAACACUUUUCAAAAACAGAAAA